UCAUUUGCCCAGAAAGCGAAAGCCUGCAGGGUGGCUAAGCGAGAACCUUCCCCCGUCCCCCGGCUCGGUCUCGUUCAGCAGUGCGGAUCGGUGGACGGUGCAGGUGCAAGUAUCUGGUUUGUUCUUAGUGGCAGCGAGUGUGGCUCCAGGAGUCCAGGAAUUGCGCACAACGUUGAACAUGUGAGAUGCCGUCAGCAGGAAAGGCUGCAUCAUCUGGCACUUCUGGUGGAAGGGCGGCGGUGUGAUGUGCUGCCUCAGCGCCGGGUCAAACCCAUCAGCCAUCACAGCCAUCACAGCCAGCCAAGCCAGCCCACCAGGCCUCUUUUCGCCUCUCCCCUUUUGCUCGUCGCUCUUUGUUCGGCCACAGCCAUGCCAUGCCAUGCCAGUCAUGCCAGUCAUGCCAUGCACCGCACUGCAGGCCGGCCAGCUUUAGCAGCAAUCAACCUUGUUUCUCGUCUCGCCCACUCCGACUCUUACUCCCACUCCCACUCCCACUCCCACCCACUAAGCUUACAGCCACGAGACCCACAGCGCUUAAGGAAUUGCGUGCGUGCAUUUAUAUUGACGGCUUUGUCAGGCCCCAUGCAAAAAGGGGGGGGGCAGCCUCAUUAUAAUUAAUACUUGCUCCUCUAUUGGUAAGCUGACCCAUCCAUUGCUGUUGGGACGCGAAAUUAAAUCGCCUGCAUUCUGUCUUCUAUCGUUUUCAAUUUAGGUUCUGAGCCUGUUCUACAUUUUAAACAAACCAUAUCAACCACAUUAUCUGUCUUCUAAAGACCAACUGAAACUGCCUUCUCUGCCUUUCUGAAUCUUUGGGA